CACCCGCGGUCUCUCUCACGCCCACGUGUGGGCGUAAAGAGAAGGUGGCUGUAAGUGCUGGCUCUUGCUGCGGCUGCGGGCCUGUCGGGGAGGUGUGGUGGGUAACGCCAAAAUACUGUAGGGCGGGGCAGCUGUGAAAUGUAGGUGUUACCGGGUGCUAGUGAGAACCAGCGUCCGUGAUGCACUUGGCUCUGUGUCGCCAUUGCUUUUGGCCAGUCCUUGGCGAGGUAGGUGCUGUUAUCUCCACUUACCAGGUUAGGAAACUGAGGUACAGAGAGGUUAAGCAACUUGGCCGUGGUCACAGGGACACUAAGCAGAGGAGCACACAUUGGACACCACCGUCUUAACCAUUCCUCCUGGGCCGUCUAGCCUGCAGCCACCAGCCGCGUGUGGCUGUGAGCUCCUGAGAUGUGGCUGGUCCCGGUGGGGACGUGCUGUGGGUGUAAAGUUCAUGCUGACUUCAAAUAGUAGGAAAAAGAAUGUGAACUCAUUUUUUAUAUUGAUCACACAUUGUAGUGACAAUAUUUUAAAUAUUUUGGUUGAAAUUAAGUAUACUGCAAAAAAUCAAAUCGGUUUAAAAUUCACUUGUGGCUUGUGUCACAUUUCUGCUGGUCAGUGCUGUUUCACACCUUGUGAAGGGGUGCAGCAGAGACCACAGGAGGGGCUGCCCGCUUUGGGAUCAGAAUGGUCUUUAUUGGUAUCAGAUCUUGCUUUCAGCAACGAUAUGAUUCUGGGGAAAUUAGAUUUGCUGAGCCUCUUUUUUCUUGUAUGUGAAAUGGGGUGCUCUUUGUGGAGUUGCUAGUAUGAGACAUGUGAAGGCUUAUGAAGUGGGUGGGUGUGAAGUGGCCUCUCCUUGUGGGUUCGAUUUGGAUUUCCCGGAUGGGUAAGGAUGUUGAGCAUCUUUUGUGCUUAUUGACCGUUUGUAUAUCUUUGGAGAAAUGUCUGAUCAGUUUCUUUGUCUAUUUUUUUUUUAGUUGGGUUAUUUGUCUUUUUAUUGUUGAGAUGUAAGUGUUCUUUAUAUAUUCUAAACACUAGAUUCACCAGAUACAUGAUUUGCAAACAUUUUUUCCCUUCCUGUGGAUUGUCUUCUCAUUUUCUUGAUGUUGUCCUUUAAAGCACAAAAGGUUUGAAAUUUUGAUGAGUCCACAUUAGCUGUUUUAUUUUUCCUUGCUUGUACUUUUUUAAAAAAAAAAUUGUUUUAUUUUUGGCUGCGUUCAGUCCUUGUUGCUGUGUGUGGGCUUUCCCUAGGUAUGGCGAACGGGAUCUACUCUUCGUUGUGGUGUGCUGGCUUCUCAUUGCAGUGGCUUCUGUUGUUGCAGAGCACGGGCUCUAGGCUCGCGGGCUUCAGUAGUUGCGGCAUGUGGGCUCAGUUGUUGUGGCAUGUGGGCUCAGUAGUUGUGGCACAUAGGCUUAGUUGCUCUGCAGCAUGUGGGAUCUUCCCAGACCAGGGAUCAAACCCGUGUCCCUUGCAUUGGCAGGCGGAUUCUUAACCGCUGCGCCACCAGGGAAGCCCCUGUUAAAUCAGAAUGUGAGUCCUCUAACCUUGUUUUUCUCUUUCAAGAUUGUUCUGGUUAUUCUGGAUAGUUUGUAUUUCCAUGUGAAUUUUAGGAUUGCUGUCAGUUUCUGCAAAGAAGCCAACCUUUUGAUGGGGAUUAGAUUUUUCUGUGGAUCACUUUGGGGAAUAUUGCCAUCUUAGCAAAAUGAGUCUUCCAGUCCAUGAAUAUGGGAUGACUUUCUACUUACUUAGAUCUUCUUUAAUUUCUUUCGGCAUGUUUUGUAGUUUAAAGUGUACAAAUAUUUUACUUCUUUGGUUAAGUUCACUUCUAGCUAUUUUCAUUUUUUGGUGCUACUGUAAAUGGAGUUGUUUUGUAAUUUUCUCAGGUAAUUCACUGCAGGUGUAAAGAAAGAAAACCAAUUUUUGUGUAUUGAUCUUGUACCCUGCGACUUGGCUGAAUUAAUUUAUUAGCCCUAAUAAUUUUUUGUUGUUGUUGUAGAAUCUGGUGGGUUUUCUAUACACAAGAUCCUGCCAUCUGCAAAUAAAGACAGUUUACUUCUUCCUCUCAAAUUUGGAUGCCUUUUACGUCGCUUUCUUGCCCGUGUGCUCUGGCUAGAACCUCCAGGACCGUGUUGAAUAGCAGUGUCCAGUUCUGACCUUGGGGCCAUGGCACCUUUGCGUAUGAUGUAGCUGUGGGGUCUUCAGCUGCUCUGUCUCAGGUUGAGGAGGGUCCCUCCAUCCUAGUUUGUUGAGUGUGGCUUUUUGCUUUUAUCGUGAAAGGGUGUUGGGUUUUUUUGUCAGAUGCUUUUUCUGCAUUUCUUUAGAGAUCUUACGGUUUUUGUCCCGCCACAUUCCCGUUUACAAAAUUGCAGUCUGAAUUUAAAACACAGUGGCCUCAGCAUUCUGUGGAAGGAACAGUGGGCCUGGACUAGAAUGUACUUCCUGAUUUUAGAAGGAUUAUGAGAGAAUAUGUGCAAGGCCUCUAAGCACACUCGGCAGAAGGUGGGCCUUAAGGAGUACCGGCUGCUGCAGUCCUAGUGCGUAUGUCCAGCCAGCGGAUGCGCGGCUUAUUCCAGAACGGUGAUGACCAGCACCAUGGCCCGCCUGGGUGCUGAGAUCCAGCCCUUGCAGCCAUGCAGCUGUGUGCCAGUGCUUCAGCCCCCAGAUGUCAGCGGGGACUGCGGAGUUGGUGGCAGUAGUGGGGGUUAGUGAGGAUGUGGGCUUGUCUCUGCUGCAUUCCUCUGGUGGCGGGAGGCGCGGCAGACGUGCCUGGGCCGCUGUGUACUCUCUGGGUGGGCACUGACAGGUGUGCACCUGUCCACUUCCCCCAGUCCCUAAGCCGCAUCUUACAGAUGCAGGGGAGUUGGACACCUGCCCAAGGCUGACAAAUGGUGGAGCCCUGUCCACUGCUGGCUCAGGGCCCACGAAUGGGCAUUGUGGCCUGCUCCAGACCGGGACUGGCCCUGGAGGGCUAGCAGCUGGAUCGUGCUGCCCAGGGCGGAAGUGCGGGUCAAACCCAGGGACAGUGAGUGCGGGAGGGAGGGCUCAGCUGCACAGGGGUGAGAGGUAGUAAGGGGCUGGUCUGCAGUGAUUGUGUUACAGGACUUGCAGGAGGCCGCGUGGGCCUGGAUGGAGGCGCCCCUGGUGUCUGCACAGCUUCACUUGCAGGCCCUCUGACAGCGUGGAAGCGCCCCUCUUCCAUGUCUGGCCUGGUGUGCCGGGCAAGCGUGUGAUCACAGAGGACCCACCAGGUGCCCUCGGGAGCUGGGGGGGUGGAGGGAGGUGGGCAAGCGCUGAAGCCCUGUGCCGUCCCCUCGCGCAGCUCCCAGGCGGCCUUCCGGGAGGAGCCUCGGGCCGGUCAUGGGCCAGAGCUUCGGGACGGAGGGGUCGGCAGGACUGGACUUGAAUCCAGGGCCUGUCCGCAGUAUCAGGAGGCAGGCCUGAGAGCACAGGGAAGCGGGCGGAGGAGCAAGGCGGGGACAAGGGACCGGGCGGAACCACCCUGUGCCUGCCCAGUGCCACUGUGCAGCCUGCAGGAGGCCAGCGCGGUCCUCGUUCAUCCACCAAGUCCGCCAGUUCCUCCGUUUCCAGGAGCUUUGGUCCACUCAUUCUGUGCACGGGCACAUAGCCCGCGAUCAGUUCCCCUUGGUGGCUUUCGUGCUGCGACCUGAGGCGUGCCUCUGCCCACAGCGCUCCCAAGCUCUUUCCUGCGGGAUGUGGGCAGAGGCCCUGUGGUCACAUGGCGGGUGGGAAGAGGAGAAGGAGAGCCCAGGCGGUGUGAAGUGGACGCGGCUGGAGCACAGAGGCCCAUGGUUCGCACCCCCGCAUGAGCCGCUUCCUGAGGGAGUUUGCUUCUACUACGAUGGAAAUGACAGCAGAAGAGAGGAAAGUAAUCAAGCACCUGGACAAGUGUGACUUCACAGAAAUCCACAGAUACUUUGUGGACAAGACCGCCGCCCGGAAGGCCCUGCCCAAGGAGGAGAAGCAGGAGCUCAAAGAAGAGGCGACAAAACUUCAGCAAGAGUUUGGCUAUUGUAUCUUAGACGGGCACCGAGAGAAGGUCGGCAGUUUCAAGACUGAGCCCCCUGGGUUGUGGGGCCGCAGCGACCACCCCAAGAUGGGGAUGCUGAAGAGGAGGGUCCUGCCGGAGGACGUGACCAUCAACUGCGGCAGGGACUCCGAAGUACCUGAGCCUCCGGUAGGUCACCGGUGGAAGGAGGUGCGGUGCGACCGCACGGUCACGUGGCUGGCGGCGUGGACAGAGAACAUGCAGAACUCCGUCAAGUACGUCAUGUUGAACCCCAGCUCCGAGCUGAAGGGGCAGAGAGACCGGGAGAAGCAUGAAGUGGCUCGGCGCUUGAAAGGAGUUGCGGGCGAGAUCCGUCCUCAGUACCGGGCCGACUGGAACCAAGAAAUGAAGGCGAGACCACGCGCCGCGGCGCUUUAUUUCAUCGAUGAGGUCCCGCUGCGAGCCGGGCAUGAGAAGGAGGAGGGCGAGACGGCUGACACGGUGGGCUGCUGCUCCCUGCGCGUGGAACACAUUCAGCUGCACCCAGAGGCCGAUGGCUGCCCGUACGUCGUGGAAUUCGACUUCCUGGGAAAGGACUCGAUCCGCUACUACAACGAAGUGCCGCUGGAGAAGCUGGUGUACGAGAAUCUGCAGCUGUUCAUGGAGAACAAAGGCCCUGGGGAUGAGCUUUUUGAUAGACUGACCACCGCCAGUCUGAACAGGUACCUGCAGGUCCUGAUGGAUGGCCUGACGGCCAAGGUGUUCCGGACCUGCAACGCCAGCCUCACCCUGCGCCAGCUGAGAGUGCUGACCAGAGCUGAAGACAGCGUAGCCGCUAAGAUUCUGUCUUACAACCGAGCAAAUCGGGCCGUUGCCGUUCUCUGCAACCAUCAGCGGGCAACUCCCAAGACCUCCGAGAAGUCGGUGCAGACGCUUCGGUCGAAGAUUGAGGCGAAGAAGAAGCAGGUGGCCGAGGCCAAGGCAGAGCUGAAGGAGGCAAGGGCCGAGCACAAACGCAGAGGGGACGGCAGGUCCAAGAGCUUCCUGGAGAAGAGGGGAUGGCUGCUGGAGAGGCAGGAGCAGCUCGGGAGGCUGAGCACGCAGGCCACAGACGAGGAGGAGAGCAAGCAGGUGGCCCUGGGCACGUCCAAGCUCAACUGCCUGGACCCCCGGAUCAGUGUCGCCUGGUGUAAGAGGUUUGGGGUGCCUGUGGAGAAGAUCUACAACAAGACACAGAGGGAGAAGUUCGCCUGGGCUCUCGACAUGGCAGACCAGGUGAAACUCACCAGAGAACAGCCUUUGGAUGGGACUUCCGGGUGCCUUAGGGGCGGGCAUGUUUCGUGUGGAAGGAAAAGUUGCAAAUUAUUUUCAGUUGUAACUUUCAAAGCAUUGUUCCGUUGUCUUCCAACUUGGGACGUGCUGUUGGGAAGUUCCCCGGGAUCUGAUGCCCAGUGCUCCGUGGGAUCUGCCGUCUGGCCUGCCGCCUCUGAGUGCACAGCAUGCGGAAUCUUAGUUCCUCGACCAGGAAUUGAACCUGUGCCACCUGCGGUGGAAGCGUGGAGUCCUAACCACUGGACCACCAACCGUCCAACUUUCCCAACACCACUUGCUGAAGAGACUGUCUUUUCUACAUUGCAUAUUUCUGCCUCCCUUGUCAAAGAUUAACUGAUGGCUCACUCCGUGCCGUGAACUCGCUGGUGCUGGAUAAGAUGAAAGCUCAGGCGGAAGGCCCUGCCACACCUGGCACAGUGGAAAGGCUUCUCCCCAGUGUGGAUCCUCUGGUGCCGGAAGAAGCCCGACAGGGCCCUGAAGGCGCGGCCACACUCGCCGCACUCGUAGGGCUUCUCCCCGGUGUGGAUGCGCCGGUGCUCACUGAGGAAGGAGCUGCGGCUGAAGGCGCGCCCACACUCCUGGCAGGCGUAGGGCUUCUCCCCAGUGUGGACCCGCUGGUGCUGAAUGAGGUUGGAGCUCUGGCUGAAGGCUUUCCCACACUCUUUGCAUUCGUAAGGAUUCUCUCCGUGGUGAAUUCUCUGGUGUCGGACGACGUUUGAGCUAUGGAUGAAGGUUUUCCCGCACUCGCUGCACUCAUACAGCCGCUCGCCAGUGUGAAUUCUCUGGUGCUUAAUGGCAUCUGACCUCUGACUGAAGGACCUGCCACACUCAGCACAUUCGUAGGGCUUCUCUCCCGUGUGGAUUCUCUGGUGUCUGAUGAGGUUGAAGCUCUGGCUGAAGGCCUUCCCACACUCCUUACAAACGUAAGGCCUCUCCCCGUUGUGAAUGCGCUGGUGCCUGACGACGUGGGAGCUGUGGAUGAAGGCCUUCCCACAGUCGCUGCACUCGUAGGGUUUCUCCCCAGAGUGAAUGCUCUGGUGUUUCACCACAUCUGAAUAGCAUUUGAAGCUCCUGUCGCAGGUGCUGCAUCGGUAAGGCCGUCCUUUCCAGUGGCCUCUCCUAUCGGCUGUGGAGGCUGCAUUCAGGGUGACCUCUGACCCGGACACACUGUCCUCAUGGCCAUUCUGCCCUCCAGUUUCCUCAUAAACAACUGGUCCCCGAGGGGAACCUUUGGGCCUCUCUCUAGCUUCCUCAUUCCCACAAGGGUCUGGAAACCGCAGUGUCCGGGGAGGCCCCCGUAACAGUCCUGGCACAGCCUGUCCACGGCGCCCCCCUUCUUCUAAGGUUGCCUGUCGUAGCAUCAGCCCUGGGCUCUGAGCCCCUUGCUCAGCCACCAAAGCAGCGUAGCAGGAAGCCGGGCCGCCACUCGGUGCCUGUGCUAGGAAAGUUGGAAAAGGGGGAGAGAUGCACAACUUAGAACUCUGCUGACGACACAUGGAUGGCACGGGAGAGCCACGUGAUGAUAGGGAACAGUAAGACGCCACUGGGCAGCAGAAACCCAUUAUCCCGCCCGUCCUCCUCCUGCCCAGCUCUCCUCCCCGACUUCUAACACCUGUGGUCGCAGGAAUGGACAAGGGACUGGGAGAGAGCUAAUCAGCAGGCUUCCCUGUGACUCCAGAAAAGGCCCAAGCCUCUAACCUCAGUCUGCCUGGUCUCACGAGUUGGGGGAGACAGACCCCCAGGCUCUGGUGACACCCUGGUACAGCCUCGUGGCCUGGAAUGCAGAGAGAAGUGGUUGGCAGCAGAGCAGGCACGUGUGGCCAUGUUUGAAAACACUUCCGGUGUCACAGUGGGCAAGGGGCACUCCUGGCACCUAGUGGGGAAAAGCCAGGGAGGCCGCCCCCAACAGAGGCACCUCCAGCCCACGUGCCCAGGAGUGUGCCCAGAAGGCAGAACCUGGGCUGCCAGACGUCCUAACCAAGAAGCUCAGUCCCCUGGCACAGAUGCUGGUCACCACUCUGACACUGGGGCCCAGCCCUCAGCCUCACCUCCCUUCAGGCCGUACAUCUCAUACUAUAUGCUCAGGCCAGCAACCCAGACAGGGUGCUUUCUCUUUAUUCCUUUUCUGAAUGGGAUGUUUUUGGUAACCUGUUUUUUCCUCCACACACUGUGUAUGGUGGCACUUGCUAAAAUCUAGCCCCAAAUUGUGAGACUGAAGAGUGCUGUCUGGGCCAGAUCUGGUCAGGAGUAGGGUCAGACAAGGGAGGGAGACAGUGGCCUGGAAGUACUGGGCCUGAAGGGUGGCUCCAUGGCUGCACCUCUGGGUCAUCCCCAACUCACACCCUGAGGGAUGAGGUGCAGGGACACGGUGGCUGAACCACCCGACACGGGGGUUCUGUGACUUCCUGGGAGAGCAGUUCCAGGUGUGUUUGGGGAGCCACGGUCAUGUUCUCCCCAGGCUCCCACUGCUGAACCAGAACCUUAGGGUAGAGUAUGAUGGGGAAAAGCUUGAAAUGGCAUGUGUCUUUGCCAAGGGAAGAUGGCCUGGCUGUUAGCACAGGUCAUGUGACAAUUCAACAACAGCAACAACAGGCAACUGAAUAUGAGCCCUCCCCCAAAUGUGGCCUGAAAUCUUCAGAACAGAGGGGCCUGGAGCCCGAGAGGGAGGUGGCCAGUGGGCGGGAGGCCAGCCAGAUUGUCAUCCACCACACACUUCCUGGUCACCAACCCUGAGCCUAGGCCAGUUGACACUGCUGGGCCCUGGUGAGACAAAGCCAAGAAUUAAUACUCUUGUUCCUCCAAGCUGGAGGCAUAACCCUCCCUGACUUCAGACAAUACUACAAAGCUACAGUAAUCAGAAUAGCACGGUACCUACCUAGGGAGACAAAAGACCUGUAUGCAGAAAACUAUAAGACACUGAUGAAAGAAAUUAAAGAUGAUACAAACAGAUGGAGAGAUAGAUAUACCAUGUUCUUGGAUUGGAAGAAUCAAUACUGUGAAAAUGACUAUACUACCCAAUGCAAUCUACAGAUGGAAUGCAAUCCCUAUCAAAUCACCAAUGGCAUUUUUUACAGAACCAGAACAAAAAAUCCUAAAAUUUGUAUGGAGACACAAAAGACCCCGAAUAGCCAAAGCAGUCUUGAGGGAAAAAAUCGAAGCUGGAGGAAUCAGACUCUACUACAAAUCUACAAUAAUCAAGGGACAAUAUGGUACUGGCACAGAAACAGAAACAUAGAUCAAUGGAACAGGAUAGAAAGCCCAGAGAUAAACCCACGCACCUAUGGUCAACUAAUCUAUGACAAAGGAGGCAAGGAUAUACAAUGGAGAAAAAGCCUCUUCAAUAAAUGGUGCUGGGAAAACUGGACAGUUACAUGUAAAAUAAUGAAAUCAGAACACUCCCUAACACCCUACACGAAAAUAAACUAAAAAUGGAUUAGAGACCUAAACGUAAGACCAGACGCUAUAAAACUCUUAGAGGAAGACACAGGAAGAACACUCUUUGACAUAAAUCACAGCAAGAUCUUUUUCGAUCCACCUCCUAGAGUAAUGGAAAUAAAAACAAAGAUAAACAGAUGGGACCUAAUGAAACUUAAAAGAUUUUGCAAAGCAAAGGAAACUACAAACAAGACGAAAAGACAACUCUCAAAAUAUUUGCAAAUGAAUCAACGGACAAAGGAUUAAUCUCCAAAAUACAUAAACGGCUCAUGCAGCUCAAUAUUAAAAAAACAAACAACCCAAUCCAAAAAUGGGCAGAAAACCUAAAUAGACAUUUCUCUAAAGAAGACAUACAGAUGGCCAAGAAGCACAUGAAAAGCUGCUCAACAUCACUAAUUAUUAGAGAAAUGCAAAUCAAAACUACAAUGAGGUAUCCCCUCACACCAGUCAGAAUGGCCAUCAUCAAAAAAUCUAGAAACAAUAAAUGCUGGAGAGGGUGUGGAGAAAAGGGAACGCUCUUGCACUGUUGGUGGGAAUAUAAAUUGAUAUAGCCACUAUGGAGAACAGUAUGGAGGUUCCUUAAAAACUAAAAAUAGAACUACCAUAUGACCCAGCAGUCCCACUACUGGGCAUAUACCCUGAGAAAACCAUAAUUCAAAAAGACACAUGCACCCCAAUGUUCACUGCAGCACUACUUAUAAUAGCCAGGUCAUGGAAGCAACCUAAGUGCCCAUCGACAGACAAAUGGAUAAAGAAGAUGUGGCCCAUAUAUACAAUGGAAUAUUACUCAGCCAUAAAAAGGAGCGAAAUUGGGUCAUUUGUAGAGAUGUGGAUGGAUCUAGAGACUGUCAUACAGAGUGAAGUAAGUCAGAAAGAGAAAAACAAAUAUCGUAUAUUAACGCAUGUAUGUGGAACCUAGAAAAAUGGUACAGAUGAACCGGUUUGCAGGGCAGAAAUAGAGACACAGAUGUAGAGAACAAACGUAUGGACCCAAGGGGGGAAAGCGGUGGUGGGGGUGCGGGGAAGGUUGUGGGAUGAAUUGGGAGAUUGGAAUUGACAUGUAUACACUGAUGUGUAUAAAAUGGAUAACUAAUAACCUGCUGUAUCAAAAAAUACAUAAAAUUCAAAAAACCCCCACAAAAACCCAGCAUGGUAUUUGCACAAAAACAGACAUAUGGAUCAAUGGAACAGAACAGAGAGCCCAGAAAUAAACACACACACCUAUGGUCAAUUAAUCUUAGACAAAGGAGGCAAGAAUACAAUGGUGAAAAGACAGUCCCUUCAGCCAAGUGGUGCUGAGAAAGCUGGAGAGCCACAUGGAAGUCAAUGAAGUUAGAACACUCCCUCACACUACACACAAAAAUAAACUCAAAAUGGCUUAAAGACUUAAACAUAAGACAGGACACCAUAAAACUCCUAGAACAGAACAUAGGCAAAACCUUCUCUGACAUAAAUUGUAGCAAUGUUUUCUUAGGUCAGUCUCCAAAAGCAAAAGAAAUAAAAGCAAAAAUAAAUGGGACCUAAUCAAACUUAAAAGCUUUUGCACAGCAAAGGAAACCAUAAACAAAACAAAAAGACAACCUAUGGAAUGGGAGAAAAUAUUCGCAAACAUUGCGACUGACAAGGGCUUAAUUUUCAAAAUAUACAAACAGCUUAUCCAACUCAAUAACAAAAAAACAACUCAAUCAAAAAAAUGGGCAGAAGACCUAACAGACAUUUUUCCAAAGACAUACAGAUGGCCAACAGGCACAUGAAAAGAUGCUCAACAUUGCUAAUUAUUAGAGAAAUGCAAAUCAAAACUACAAUGAGGUACCACCUCACACUGGUCAAAAUGACCAUCAUCAAAAAGUCUGCAAAUAAUAAAUGCUGGAGAGGGUGUGGAGAAAAGGGAACCCUCCUACACUGUUUGUGGGGAUGUAAAUUGGUGCAGCCACUAUGGAGGACAGUAUGGAGGUUCCUUAAAAAACUAAAAAUAGAGCUACCAUAAGAUCCAGCAAUCCCACUCCUGGGCAUACAUCCAGAAAAAACUCUAAUUCGAAAGGAUACAUGCACCCCAGUGUUCCUAGCAGCACUAUUCACAAUAGCCAAGACACGGAAGCAACCUAAAUGUCCAUCAAUAGACGAAUAGAUAUGGUACAUAUGUAUAUAAUGGAAUACUACUCAGCCAUAAAAAGAAUGAAGUAAUGCCAUUUGCAGCAACACGCAGCAACAGAUUAUCAUAUUAAGUGAAGUCAGUCAGACAAAGACAAAUAUCACAUAAUAUCACUUAUAUGUGGAAUCUAAAAAAAUGAUACAGAGGCUUCCCGGCUGGCACAGUGGUUAAGAAUCUGCCUGCCAAUGCAGGGGACACGGGUUCGAGCCCCUGGUCUGGGAAGAUCACACAUGCCGUGGAGCAACUAAGCCCGUGUGCCACAACUACUGAGCCUGCACUCUAGAGCCCACGAGCCACAACUACUGAGCCCAAGUGCCACAACUAUUGAAGCCUGCGUGCCUGGAGCCCGUGCUCCAAAACAAAGAGAAGCCACUGCAAUGAGAAGCCCGUGCGCUGCAACGAAGAGUAGCCCCUCUUCCCUGGUGACGCAGUGGUUGAGAGUCCACCUGCCGAUGCAGGGGACACGGGUUCGUGCCCCGGUCCGGGAAGAUCCCACAUGCCGCGGAGCGGCUGGGCCCGUGAGCCAUGGCCACUGAGCCUGCGCGUCCGGAGCCUGUGCUCCGCAAUGGGAGAGGCCACAACAGCGAGAGGCCCGCGUACCGCAAAAAAAAAAAAAAGAGUAGCCCCUGCUUGCCGUAACCAGAGCAAAGCCUGCGCGCAGCAACGAAGACCCAAUGCAGCCAAAAUAAUUGUUAAAAUAAAAUAAAUAAAAAUAUGGGGCUUCCUUGGUGGUGCAGUGGUCGAGAGUCCGCCUGCCGAUGCAGGGGACAUGGGUUCGUACCCCGGUCCGGGAAGAUCCCACAUGCCGCGGAGCGGCUGGGCCCGUGAGCCAUGGCCGCUGAGCCUGCGCGUCCGGAGCCUGUGCUCCGCAACGGGAGAGGCCACAGCAGUGAGAGGCCUGCG